GCGAGUCCCCACCAGAGCAUCCCCGGAGCAGAAGCAGUCGCCCCACCGGUGUCCGCGGAGCCUAGUCGACCCGGCCAUGGCGUUGUCGAUGCCGCUGAACGGGCUGAAGGAGGAAGACAAAGAGCCCAUCAUUGAGCUUUUCGUCAAGGCUGGCAGUGAUGGUGAAAGCAUCGGAAACUGCCCCUUUUCCCAGAGGCUCUUCAUGAUUCUGUGGCUCAAAGGAGUUGUAUUUAGUGUCACAACUGUUGACCUGAAAAGGAAGCCUGUGGACCUGCAGAACUUGGCUCCCGGGACCCACCCACCAUUUAUAACUUUCAACAGUGAAGUCAAAACAGAUGUAAAUAAGAUUGAAGAAUUUCUUGAAGAAGUCUUAUGCCCUCCCAAGUACUUAAAGCUUUCACCGAAACACCCAGAAUCAAAUACUGCUGGAAUGGACAUCUUUGCCAAGUUCUCUGCAUACAUUAAGAAUUCAAGGCCAGAGGCUAAUGAAGCAUUGGAGAGGGGCCUCUUGAAAACACUGCAGAAACUGGAUGAGUAUCUGAAUUCUCCUCUCCCUGAUGAAAUUGAUGAGAACAGUAUGGAGGACAUUAAGUUUUCCACACGUAAAUUUCUGGAUGGCAAUGAAAUGACAUUGGCUGAUUGCAACCUGCUGCCCAAACUGCACAUUGUCAAGGUGGUGGCCAAAAAAUACCGCAACUUUGACAUUCCAAAAAGAAUGACUGGCAUCUGGAGAUACUUAACCAAUGCUUACAGUAGGGACGAGUUCACCAACACCUGUCCCAGUGACAAGGAGGUUGAAAUUGCGUAUAGUGAUGUAGCCAAAAGACUUACCAAGUAAAACAGCACUUAUGAGAGAGAUGUCUUCACAUCUUUUCCUGAUUAAGAAUAUGCUUUUCCUAACAGACUGCUCUUCCUCCUAUAAAAUAGAAAUUUUAUUUUGCAUGAACAUGGCAGUUACUCAAGAUUAGGAUAAAGGAUAGAUAAGGUAUAGUAGCUAUCUUUAAGCAUACACUCCUAAGCAGUAUUAUUUUAAAAUUAUUUUACCCUGCCUACCUCCCCUACCCCAUAUCCUCCUCUCUUCUAAUUUGGAGACACUUCAUCCCAAACAUUUUACUUUAGAGGUAGUUUGCUCUCUCUCUAGAGCCCUCACCAUUGUGUCCGUUCACUGUGUGUAGAUGGCAGGACUUUUGAGGUGCAAUGUUUAACUGUCAAAAAGUAACCAUGACCUCAUCAGUCAGCCCCAAACUGGUGCAUAAUGCAUGGUACAAGGAAUAUUUAUGUAUUUUUGGAAUUUUAUAAUAUUUAGUAAGAGUAUAUGAGAGGAUUGCUACUGUAUCAAAAUACUCUGUUUCAGUUUAGUCUAUCCUGGUGAUGUACUCAAGGGUGUCACCGCGAGAGGAGAGCCUCUGCAGAAAGUCACUACAGAUUUUGCUAUUCUACUUUGUACACGGAUUUUUACUUUUCCUAAAAGCAUUUAUCCUUUAUACCAAUGAUAACACCUGACACUAUGUAGAAGCUGAAAGUUUAAAGGGAGGGAUAAUAUUCUCAAUCUUUUUUGAGCGUUUUAUCCAUAUAAGAUAAACCAAUGGGCACCUUAUAUUCUGUUUAAAUGUGGUGUUUGCUGUAUGUAUUUUGCCCAGUGCCAUUCAUUUGGAACAUUAUUGCUUUUUCCUUGAUUUUAAAAAGCUCCUUUUUAGGUAGGCAUAGACCUCGCUGUGUAUAGAUCUUUUGAGCAACACUACAUAAACUGAUACUGAUUUAGCUAUAGCAGUACAAUGAUUAGUAAGGAAAAAAUUAACACAGAAAUUAACCUAAGGAAUGUAGGGUGGGUUUGUCAAAAUAGCAAAUAGAGUUUUGUUUCUAAAGCAUAUUUAAUGUGGGUAAUCUAAAGAAUGCAUUAUCUCUCCUGUAUUGAAAAUAAGAUAAAACACAGAUUAGCAGCUUUCCCAUUCCACCUCCAUUCACUGUUGGACUUUGGGUAAAGGAUGGCUUGCUCCUUUUGGACUAAACUAUAGUUGUUAUGGUGAGUGCGUAUUUACUGCAAUGUUUCCUAAUGUCUGUCAUUGUGUUUCCUUCCAUUAAAUUUUUCUACAGCCACACUGAGGAAUAGCACUCUGCAUGCUUGUUUGUUUUUAAAUUGAAGUCCUAAACCAGGAAUUAUAUGAGCUCUAACAAGGGAGGGUGAACUUGGUGAAAAUAAAACAAAAGUUUGCUAUGUAUUCAUUUUUUAAAAUUGGACUUCCUAAGUACUCCAAAGAUGGGGUUAUGACUAUAAUACAUUUUUGGUAAUUUUUUAUACCUAACUUGUUUAAGAAGUGCUAUUUCUCAUAGGCUGUUUUUGGAAAUUUUAAGUAUAUUGCUUUAAAAUGGCAAUGAUUUCCUCCCUUAGAUAUGCUGACAUUUAGUAAGCACUGGCUUUAUGGAAGCAGCCUGAUUUUUACAAGCAUUCUGCAUUUUUUUUAACCUACCAGUAAUUAGUGUACAAAGAUAAACAAAGCUCCAUAUUGUAUCCAUUUGGCUCAGGGAGAUUUUUUUUUUUUUUGCUUUGCCUUCCUUAAAACUCCUUAUUGCGGAUCAGGAGUUUGAGUACCCACCUUUAUGUAAUUAAGAUUGGGUGCUGAUUUAUCUGGUUCCAGGAAGAAGUACUAUCAGGUUAUCUAUUGAGACAUUCUGUAGCAGUAGCUUCAGUGGGUAAAAAUGUCAGAUCUGCACCAGUACACAGACAGCCAUCACUUUUCACCUACUUUUAAACAGUGGUAACUUGGCAUUCAGGUGAUGCUGAACCUUGCCUCAGAGCUUAAAGUGUGAAAAAGAUCCAAAGAAGGGGUGUCAGUUCUUUCCGGUGAAUGGUGGACUAAGUGGUGUGGAGCAGAGGGCUAAUGAGGAAAGAGCAACAUUCCUUAAAACAGAAUGAUGAAAAAUUCAUUCUGAAACUCAAUUGUGAAAUAUUUUGACCUUGGAUAUUUUCUUUCUACAAAAAAAUUUAUCCUAUGAUUCCACCUGCCUGUCCCUCUCUAUGUCCAAGGAAGGUAGGUCUGUUAUGAUUUCAAUGAAGGCAGAAUGAUUUUUUUUCUCUGUAGAAAGACCUCAUUUUAUCAGGGAAGUUAGUCAAAUGAAAUUGAAAUUAUCAAAUAGACAAAAGCCAGUAAAUAGGAUGAUCCCAACAAAUACUCUUUUACCCCAUCUUAUAUUUGUAGAAAGAUCAUAGCUUAAAUUUGGUAAUAAAAAUUUUCAUGGCAUGAAAUUCAUAUAGUGUAUGGGUUGAUAUAACAGAAAUGUCUGGUAUUAUUUCUGCAACUACUGAAUCAUUUUCCCCUUCAUUUAAACUAACAAGAUUAGUCUGAAUGGAAGCUCUCAUGAUUUUCCAAGGGAACAGUUUUUGUGUUCCACGUUGGAAAGCUCUCUACAAUUUCAGUUGAUGACUUCUUUUUUUUUUAAAAAAAAAGUAAAUGCAGAUUUUUCUAUAUAGUUCUGUUAUCUUUUACUAGGAUUGUUGUGAUAGAAUUCAUAUAAGAUUUUAUUUCUUGGUAACUUUGGCUUACAUAACUUAUCUUUAAGCCCUUGAACAAUUUGUAUACAAUUAAGAGAUUUCUGACAUUUAUUCUUACCCUAAGUUGAUCAACUCUAGAAUUAGGCAGUUUUACUUCUCUCUAGAGUUGCAUGUAGAUAGCUUUUAUUUCUCUGCAUUUAAAAUAUCCAUUUAGAAGACAUCUACAAGGUAAAAAUAAUAAGAAAUAAAAAUGUAUUUUUUCAUGAACAUUUUGAUACACAUUUCAUCAAGUUUAUUGAUCAACCAAUUUCUACACCGGUUAUAACAGUAUUUGAUUCAAAGCGAGGAAAGCAUUCAUUAAUUGAUAUAUGAUAUAGGCUUUUUUUUAUUCCAUUCUUUACAAAUUUAUCAAGAUUGGGGCUUUCAAAAUUAUAUUUUUAUCAUGGGAAAAAAAUUUCAACUACCCAAGUCAUAAUGUUGAGCAGAAUUGGAGUAUUUUCUUUAGAAUUACUUGAAAAGGUAAAUGAAAGCUUAUUAUAGAAUGCUUGUAUUUUCUUUUGUCUCUGGAUCCAGUAUAUUGCUGGCAGCUAUUGUAUUAAAAUAAAGUAUAUUUUCACUAUCAUUAAA